CCACCCUCCAUCCUCUCCUCCGUCUCAUUUGGGAUGACCACGGCUACGGAUAACGCCUGGAUGCCUUCUGGCAGACGUCAGGUUACGCUCGGAAAUACGCUGAAGCGCACCCUCAAACUACGCCAGGGAAUACCGGUCAAGAACGCGAAAGUCGAGCGCGAGUUCUAUUCAUUUCGGUACAAUUUCAAGCCAGAGUCUGUCGAUACAUCGAGGUCGGGCACUGUCGAAACCAAGAAAUCGAAGGACGAGACGGGCCCGUCGAACGUCACUGUGGUUAGACCGAGUCAACAGAACGAGAGCGGUGUGCACUUUGUUGGGCAAGAGAAGAGUGCGAAGGAGUUUGAAUGCGUCCUCAUACAUAACGAGGAAGAUGGGAGCUUUAUUCUCGAGAAGAUAGACUCAUAUGUCGCCCUCCAUCACGAUCCUAAACCAACGCUCGCUCCCCGCCAUGUCGAGUCGCCUGCACCCUCGGUCCCUCCACGGAUAUCAGCCUCCUCUCCCUCAUCUAGCUCUCACGCACAACUGGCCGCGGUCAAGCAAGAGGAAGAGGAGAGCGAGGGUGAGAUACCAGAGACGAAACCAGAGCCAAAAACCGACCUCAAGACGAAGCAAUCUGCGCCUAAGGUUCCCAAACCUCGGCAACAGCAAUCCACAUCGACGUCUGCAUCAGCACCUGCACCUACGCCAACUCCCGCUGCAGUGCCAGGACUGAUACCCCCACCAAUGUCGGCAACUUCUCGCUCGGGUCAUAGCCUACCUCUCAAAUCCACGCCGGCGGGUCCUGUCAAGCUCAAGAAUGAAGCGCCUGAUGCUCCGCCGUCUCAGGCGCCCUCGAAACUUGUGAAGAGCCCUAAUAAGCGUGAACGUCCUGUGCAGCUUGAGGCAGAAACUCUCGAGAUUCGACGGCCGCAACCUCCGGCGAAGAAACCUAGAGUUGUACAGAAGGAACAGUCGCCACCGCCGCCUCCCAAACCCGUCGAAUUUGCAUUCCCCGACUCAUCAUCAGCGGUGUCCCUCCCUCCAGCGCCUGUGUCUGCAGCACCAAACCCGAUCGCCGCCGCGGUUCCGUCCGAUUCGGAAGAUGACGAGUGGGAUAUCGUUCCAGCCGUCGCCGCGCCUGCGUCUCCAGCGCCCACAGCACCCUCGCGCCCGAUCGUCAUGGAGGAAAUCGACGAGUAUACGCCCCCGCCGCACAACAUCGAGCUGCCGCCGCCACCCACCAUGCCGAUGUCCACGGACGAGCCCGACGCGGACGGCGAGGAGAUCGACAUGGCCCUGUUCGAGGAGGAGCUGAACGACCAGCUCCUCGGCGGCGGGGGAGAGGCCGAGCAGGAAGGCAUGGGCCUCGACGAGGACGAGGACUUCCUCGCCGGGGCGGUUUCGCCUAUCGCGGAUCGCCAGCCGAUCAGCUUGAGCGAGUUCGCGGGUGGCAGCGUCGACUUCGGCGACGACGACGAGUACUCGAGCAGCGACGACAGCGACGACGAUUGAGCGGCCUGCUCCGAUACAGGUGCGGUCCCUUUUCUCCCACGUAUAUUUAGAGUCCUUGCGUAUUGGUGAUCAUUAUACCGUAUGUACACAUAAUGAUACCUUGGGACCAUUCGAUAUCUGGAUUGUAUUAUUUACUGCGACUCCCCG